AUGGAACCAAACAACCAAACAAGUGUAUCUGAGUUUAUCCUCCUGGGACUUUCAGAAAAACCAGAACAGGAGACUCUCCUCUUUGCUCUGUUUCUCUGCAUGUAUGUGGUCACAGUAGCGGGAAACCUGCUCAUCAUCCUGGCCAUCAGUUCAGACCCCCACCUCCACACCCCCAUGUACUUCUUCUUAGCCAAUCUCUCCUUGGUCGAUUUCUGCCUGGCCACCAACACUGUCCCCAAAAUGCUGGUAAACAUCCAAAUCAGGAGCAAAUCCAUCUCUUAUCCUUGCUGCUUGACCCAAAUGUACUUCUUCCAUUUCUUUGGCAUCAUGGACAGUGUCUUAAUUGCUGUAAUGGCUUAUGACAGGUUCGUGGCUAUCUGUCACCCCUUACACUAUACCACCAUCAUGAGCCCACAACUCUGUGGCCUGCUGGCUGGUGGCCUGUGGAUGUUGUCCUGCUUCAUCUCCCUCACCCACAUCCUCCUGAUGGCCCGUCUGGUUUUCUGUGGCAACAACAAAAUCCCUCACUACUUCUGUGACCUCACUCCCCUCCUCAGACUUUCAUGCACCGACACCUCUGUCAACAAGAUCUUUGUGCUCAUUGUGGCAGGCAUGGUGAUAGCCACACCUUUCAUAUGCAUCCUGGCCUCCUAUGUGCGCAUCAUUGUGGCCAUCAUGAAGGUCCCCUCUGCAGGUGGCAGGAAGAAAGCCUUUUCCACCUGCAGCUCCCACCUCUCCGUAGUUGCACUCUUCUAUGGGACCACCAUUGGGGUCUAUCUGUGUCCUUCAUCUGUCCGCACUGCUGUGAAGGAAAAGGCAUCCGCUGUGAUGUACACUGCAGUCACCCCCAUGCUGAACCCUUUUAUCUACAGCCUGAGGAACAGAGACCUGAAGGGGGCCCUGAGGAAGCUUGUCAACAGAAAAAUCACCUCAUCUUCCUGA